UCGACGAAUUUCUUUUCUAUAUACAUGUUUUUUUGCUUUACGCCACUAUCCAUCUUUGUAUCUAAAAACUAUCCCUCCAUUGCAGUUGAGAUCGCUUCCGUGUGAAUCAAAGUGGAAGGUUUUGAAUUCUGAUACUGUGCAAGCGAUGGAGCUCCCCGUCAUAGAUCUUUCCCCAUACUUGGAAAUUUCCGCUAAAUUUACCGGCGAUCACCCGCCAUGUCUAGAGAGUGAGCUCGACCCACAACUGAAGAGCCUCUGCUUGGAGGUCAGUCGGAUCCUAAGCGAAACAGGGGCUUUGUUGGUGAACGAUCCCAGAUGCUCUUCGGAAGACAACGAUCGCUUCAUCGACAUGAUGGAGACUUACUUCGAGAAACCCGACGAAUUCAAGCGUCUUCAGGGACGUCCUCGUCUGCAUUAUCAGGUUGGUGUAACUCCUGAAAGGGUAGAGAUUCCACGGAGUCUGGUAGAUGUGGAAAUGCAACAAAAAAUAAAAGCAAUGCCAAAGGAGCAUCAACCAUCCACUCCUGUAGGACCAGACCCCAAAUGGCGAUACAUGUGGAGAGUUGGUCCACGGCCAUCUAACACCCGGUUUCAGGAACUUAAUUCUGAACCUGUUAUACCUGAAGGUUUUCCUGAAUGGAAAGAUACUAUGGAUUCUUGGGGUUACAAAAUGAUUUCUGCAAUUGAGGCUGUUGCUGAAAUGGCAGCAAUUGGGUUUGGGCUGCCAAAGGAUGCAUUCACUUCACUUAUGAAGCAGGGACCCCAUUUACUUGCACCUACUGGUAGUGAUCUGCAACGUUAUGGACAGGAGGGGACUGUUUUUGCAGGAUAUCACUAUGACCUUAACUUCUUAACAAUACAUGGCAGGAGCAGAUUCCCUGGUCUAAAUAUUUGGUUGAGAAAUGGGCAAAAAGUAGAAGUGAAAGUUCCAGUUGGAUGUCUCCUUAUACAGUCAGGGAAGCAGCUAGAAUGGCUGACUGGAGGGGAGUGCUUGGCAGGAAUGCAUGAGGUUGUUGUGACUAGUAGAACAAUCAGUGCAAUUGAACUAGUACAGCAACAAAAUCACAGCCUGUGGAGAGUUUCUUCAACAUUGUUUUCACACAUUGCAUCCGAUGCCAUGCUACAGCCUUUGGGUCACUUCAAAGAUUCCCCACUAGCUAUCAAGUAUCCACCCAUCUGUGCAGGAGAGUUUGUCGAACUAGAGCUUGCAGUAAUCAAUCUAAAAGGAAAGAAAGAAGAAAAAUGAUAAACUGCAAUGGGAUGAAGCAAGUUGUUGGCUUCUGAUAAGGCCUUUCGCUUUUUUUGAGGAUCUAACAGAAUUCACAAGGGAAUGGAAUGCAAUAGUGAAGUCUCAUUGUUCUCUGACCAGAACAGGCCUUGGUAUAUAUUACAUGUGAUUUUUCUUAUUGGAAUGUUCAUCUAGGAAAUUCAAAAAAUGUAUUGAACAUAUACUGAACUGGUGGGAAGACCCCUGAAUGAUCAUGAUUUUAUUCACAAUGUUGGCUGUUUCUUUUCUUU